UAAGUAUAGAUUAUACGGAGCAGUAUUAUUUAUCACUGGAAAUAUCAUCGUCAUCCGUUGCGAGCUUCAAGUUUCUUUGAAACCCUAGCCGUAAACUUCACCCCCCAUACUAAACCCUAAAUCUCGCCCCGUCGAUUUUUCGUUAUGGCUAAAAAGCGAAAAUCCGCCUCAGUUGCCGUCGCCGAGACUCCUCAGGAGCCGGAACCCGUUCAGACCGAUCAGGAGCCUGAGUAUCCCCAGCCGGAAGAACCCCAGCAGGUCCCGGAGGAAGACCAAGGUGUCGGGGACGAAGCAGUCGGCGACGGCGGAGAGGAAGAGGAGGAAGAAGAAGAUGAACAAGAAGAAGAGGAAGACGAUGAAGACCCGGACAACGUAGACGAGCAAACCGACGCCGUUCAGGGCGACACCGUGAAAAACGAUCAACAAGUUGAAUCCGCUGUUAAUCCGCCCCCGACCUCGGUCCCAGCAAACGGCAGCGAGGACGAAGGAGAUGACGAGGAGGAGCCGCUGGAGAAAAUUCUGGAACCCUUCUCCAAGGACCAAUUAACGCUCCUGGUCAAAGAGGCGGUCGCAAAACAUCCCGACCUAGUUGAGAUCGUUCAUAAUUUGGCGGACUCCGACCCCUCACACCGUAAGAUUUUCGUCCACGGGCUUGGCUGGGAGGCCAGUGACGAGUCCAUCACCACCUCGUUUAGCAAGUAUGGUGAAGUCCAGGACUGCAAGGUUGUCAAAGACAAGAUCUCUGGGAAAUCCAAGGGCUACGCUUUCAUUCUGUUCAAGCACCGCAAGGGGGCCCGGAAGGCCCUGAAGGAGCCGCAAAAGCUGAUCGAGGGCCGGAUGGCGUCGUGCCAGCUGGCCUCUGCGGGGCCCGUCAAAGCUCCCACAGCACCAAUGGCUGCUGCUGUCCCGGCCCCAUAUGAAUCAGAGUAUACGAGGAGGAAGAUAUACGUGAGCAAUGUGUCCCCCGAGAUCGACCCGAAUAAGCUCUCGGAAUUCUUCUCCACAUUUGGUGAGAUUGAAGAAGGCCCGCUGGGCCUGGACAAGCAGACUGGGAAACCAAGAGGGUUCUGUCUGUUUGUGUACAAGUCUCUUGAGAGCGCAAAGAAGGCCCUUGAAGAGCCUCAAAAGACUUUCCAAGGCCACACCCUACACUGCCAGAAGGCUGUGGAUGGGCCCAAGCACGCCAAGGGCUUUUUCAGCCCCCAGCAGAGCCAGACGCCACGUCAGCACCAAGGGAACUACCGUCACACAGCCAAGAAGGGAAGGUAUUCUUCUGCGGGUGGGCACUUGAUGGCACCCAACACAGGCCAGGUGGGUUAUAAUCCGGCGGUGGCACCUGCGGCUAUAGGGCAGGCCGUGGCAGCUUUGUUGGCCACUCAGGGGGCCGGAUUAGGUAUUGGGAAUUUGCUGGGAGGAAUUGGUGCUGGUGGAAAUCUGCAGGGAGGGCCACCGAUUAUGAAUAACACGGGUUAUGGUGGUCAAGGUGGUGGGGGCUAUGUGGGCAAGCAGGGGAUGCAAGGAGGUUAUGGGGUUCGUCCACAUCAGGGUGGUGCGCCUUACAUGGGUCCAGGUGGUCACUAGGGCAAUGACGCACUAUGGAUGCUAUUGCAUAUAUAUGGUGUGGUAUCAUGCAAUAUUAUAAAGGCAAGCCACUGAUUCUUCAAAAAAUGCCACAAACUUUUAAGUUUUGGACUCUGGUGAUUCUUCUGAAGUUCGAGCAUUCAUGCAAAUGACGCCUUCGUUGCACUAAAAUGUUUACCAUUUGCUUAAAGACUAGAAUAUAAAAUAUGUAUUUCAUUUUUAUCAAAUACUUUUAUUCGAGUAUUCCCUAGUCAAAUUUCUGAUAUUUCAUUUGAGUAGAAACUUUUUCAAGCACUAAUAACCAUGAUAACAAUCCUGCAUGUGUUUCUUCUAGACCAAAAAGGUUGCUAAUCAUUUGUGUUUCUGUACUUUGCAUUAUGUUUUUGUUAUAUCGGUAUUAUAAAAAAAC